UUUCCAAGGCAUUUCUAGGGUUCAUGCGCGCGAGCGAGGUAAUCGCAGCUUAGAUCAGCUCGCCGAGUAAGAAUGCUGCGCGCGACAUGGAAUUGGAUCGUAGGACUGGUUUGCGUGGUUUUGGUUGCGGUCAUCUGGAUCGCAGCUAGCUUCGUGGUGCAAUCGGUCGUUGAUAGCGGGAUUUCGCCCUUUCUCAUCGCCUACAUUUGCAACAGCUUGUUUAUGGUUUACAUACCGAUCGUGGAAUUGGUGUGGUGGAUCAAGCGACGCUACGCGGCGCGCAAGACGAGAGAGGCGGCCUCUAAGAACCAUGUUCUUACAAACGCUGAGAAGGCCAAGCUUUUGGAAACCGGUGCUGGAUCCGACAUUGAAAUUGGUGGAUCUUUGGCAGACGCAAGGAACAUGCAAGCUUCCAGUGCCGAGAUCAGUGAAGUUGACUCGGAGGUUGUGGCAGACGCAAGGAACAAGCAAGCUUCCAGUGAAGGUGGCUCGGAGGUUGUGUCUGACGAAGAAGAGAGCUCCAGUUCCACAGCGAGGAGAUUAUUGUCGAGAAGGGAAACCGCGAAGAUCAGUGCUCUCAUCUGUCCGGUGUGGUUCUUCGCGCAGUUUACGUUCAAUCUUUCCUUGAAGUACACGACAGUCACUUCGAACACCGUUCUAAGCAGUACUUCGACUUUGUUCACGUUUAUAGCGUCCGUGAUGUUUCUCAACGAGACUUUCACGGUGUUGAAAAUCGUCAGCGUCGUUCUUUGCAUGGCUGGUAGCGCCGUUGUUGCUUUUGGAGACUCCGAGAGCCUGCAAAAAGACUCAGCGCCUCAUCCAGUGGUGGGAGAUAUGGUCUGCCUUUUGUCCGCGAUGCUCUACGCCUGCUAUACGAGCUUGAUACGUAAGAAGUUCCCGGACGAGAACUCGUCCGCGGAAGAAGUUAGCACGGCUCUCUUCCUGGGGUAUCUUGGUUUGUUUAACGCUCUCAUCUUUUGUCCGGUCGUGGUGCUUCUACACUUCACAGGAUUGGAGCCGAUUCACAGGCUCACGGCCACACAAUGGGAACUCAUCGUCGGCAAAGGGAUGCUGGACAACGUCCUGAGCGACUACUUAUGGGCCGAAGCAGUGCUUCUCACGUCCACAACAGUGGCAACGGCUGGACUCACACUCCAAGUGCCAAUAGCAGCGGUGGUUGAUUCUCUUCGUGGACAUGCUCCAGGAACUGUCAACGUUGUUGGCGCUGUGGCUGUGCUGGCGGGAUUCUUUGGCAUCAACCAGCCGGAGAAUUGCUGCUCCACUCAAAGAAAAGCUGCGCCAGGAGAAGAAGCUCGUUUCUCUAGCGAGCAACACUUGGAUGAUCCUGUUGCUGCCACCAGCAAGGAUGGAGUACUCGUGGACCCUGGUAGUACUUGAAAAAAGGUACACGAGGCUCUUUCUUUAAAGUUUUCUUUGUCGCUGCCGCUCGCGCAGAGUGAGUUACUUAUCGACACUAAACGAGGGGCAUGACGUAAGAGCUUGGCAAUCCUAAAGCUUUUCUUCUAAUAAACUACAAUGCAGUGAUCCUCGUAAUCGGAAAGAUCGAGAUCAUGGAAACGAAGAAAGGAUCGAGCUACUGGUAGGGGUGUGGACUUUAUAUCUCCCAAGGCAUUGACUUUCCAGCUCGUCGAGUGAAAAGCAUCGAUCGACUGAAAAGAAAAUCGACAAGUAUGUGACUAUCAAUCACAGGCAGGCGUGAAGCGUAUAUACGGUCACAUCCGAGUGUUUAUACAACCACUAUUUCCACUACUUCCUUCCAUCCAAUCCAAUCCAUCAAAAAUGCCAAUCCAACGAAAGGAACUUUUGCUUUAGCCUAGGGCUAGCAGCGAAUAAACGAAGGAAGGAAAGCAUGCAUGGGGGCCACUCUCAAUCAAGCAUUUAUACGCCAGCAUCACAUUUCGUUACCGUACUUGUCGUCGUCGUCGUCGUCGCGCGCCAGCAGUUUAACGGCCGUCACUCUUUUGACUAAAUGUAACGUUCGUACGCGAUAUCUUU